CAGUUCACGUUUAGGGCGGCGUAUAUGCGUAUGAUGCGCGCUGAGAGAGGGUGUACAAGUCCGAUGUCUGCCCAGACCACUUCAUCUGUGGAGGCACGGCCAGCUACUGCAGACGGCUCGUCUCUACUGAGGACGGUGGGUCCUGACGACGUGUUUAAUCUCCCACUCUACGAGCACCAUCUGGUAAUGGACAUACGACCCUCUCACGAGUACUCUCGAGGACACAUGGCCACCGCUGUCUCCUUCCCCUACCCUCCCCUCCAGACCUCGGAAGAAGAGAGAGAGCGGCUACUAAUAGACUUCAUCCACUCCUACGUGAAACGGUACAUGAGACCAGAGAACCCCAGUCCAGUUCUCCUGUACGGAGACAACAGCCCCGCGGCCAGGUUCCACUCCGAGUGGCUGGCACGGAGACUGGAGAGGAUCCAGAGAGAGAGGAAGGCAGUGUCUACCUACGUACCUCAGUCACUGUCACUGGAGGAACCAGGGUUCGAUUACUUUGAGCAUUUCUGUCUCACCAUUGCCGACUCUGCCAAGGAGAUCUGGAUCUUAGAGUGCAGUUACGAAGACUUUGCGGCCGAGUACAGCUUCCUCUGUGGCCACGUAGACUUCAUGACGAUGGAACCACUCCCUCACCGAAUAACGAAACACAUCUUUCUCGGGAGUCGAGUCAUUCCGCUAACACACGCGGCCCUCUGCGUGAGACUUGGCAUCACUCACAUGAUAGUCUCCCGCCACCAACCAAUAGACUGGGGAGAACUGAAGGACAUAUCAGUACUGACUUGUGACGUGAGGGACUCUAAUACACAAGCAAUGAUGGAGUGCUGGACGGCUUGUGUUAGGUUUAUCGACGAGAUCGAAUCGAGUGGAAGAGGAGGAAGAGUGCUGGUUAUGUUGUUCGGUCGGUCAAGGUCGGCGAGUGUGGUUCUGGCCCACCUGGUAAUGAGCAGUGGCAUGAGUCUUGACGAGGCGUGGGGGGUCCUGAGAGGAAAGUGCUGGCAUCUCAUAGACAAGAGUCUGGCCUACGAAGACCAGCUGAGGGAGUGGGAGAGAGGGAGAACUCCUUCCAUUGAACUCUGAGUUAUAAUUAUGUACACAGCU